AUGCGGGAUCGUAGAGGACGUAAACUCUGGAUUGUAUGUGCUCACGCACCUACGGAAAUCGCUGAGGACAACAGUGGUCAUUUCGGAAUCGACGCAAAUGCGAAGACGGGACUCGAACAGCAAUCCGAUAUGUUAGGAAAAUGCUACUAUCCAGCGGAGCGCACGUCGGACAACGGUGACCGUCUGGUCGACUUAUGCGAACAGGCGGAAGAAGUUUGCCUUUGCAUCUGCUGA